CUUGGAAUGUUUCCCGCCCCAAAUGCGUACGCUCCAUGUCCUUGAAGACAAAACACCAAAACACACAGAAAAAUCAGGAGUAUAUGCGCGUUGCUAGGCAUGGUGGUCGACUUACAAGGUAGGCUUGCUUGGACAACGUGCUAUAAGUACUGCACCGCCGCCAAGCUUCUCUUGUGGUCGCUGUCCUUGACGUCAAGCCCGCCAAGUAGUGCCCAGGGUCCGCGCGCUUUAUCUGAUCCACGUGCUCAGCGCAUCCUCCAUAACGACCCUCUAGCACCGCCCGCGCUGAACAUCAUGUCAAUUACGCUCGGAAAACCAGCUGUGCUUUUCAAGUACGCCCGAAUACACUAUCGUACGGCCUGACACAGUGCUGCAAAAGAUUGGUCGCUGAGGCCUGAGGUGUAAGUGGCGUUGACUAUAGUUCGUCUCACAGUUAUCGUAGAUUUGACGUUAUGGAAAGCUAUGCCCGCCAUGGGUGAUGACUUCAACUCAAUACACACGAUCCUCGUUCGCAAAGGCAUGAUACG